AUGUUAGGCAACGUUUUUGCUGGAAGAUCUCUACCUGACGCUGUAGAAAUGGACACUAUAGGAAUCCGAGAAGGGUCUACCCUCAAACUUGUAGUAGUCGCCAGAUCUGGUCCAGUGACAGGCAGAGAACAAGAUGAAACCUUGUUACUUAGUGAUGAAGUCAGCGACCGAGAAUACAGACGCAGUAAAAGGUGGCCACUUUUUUUUUCAAAAGGAUGUAGUGCAGCUGAAGACACUAGCGCUAAAGAAAGUAGUGCUGGAGAAACUGAACGGGAACAUGAUGUAGAUGAGGAGAAAAGGUUCGCAAUUAAAGUGGCUGGGAUCACGGUAUCGAACGCUCCUCGACAUGCAAGACGUCUUAGAACGAAUAGUCAGGGUGCCGCAAAGGGUAUGGUAGUCUGUUGUGGAUGUUGCCAGUUACUAAUUGGCUUUCCAUGCUCAGAUCUUCCCGUUUACGAUGCUGACUGUGCACCAGAGUCUCAUAUUGAAGCACCUGAGUCGAGCGGAACGUCAUCAAUUGGUGGCUUGGCUCUAGCUUUAGAGAAGCUUGAGGUUAAAAUCUAUAAUCUUCCCGUUUACGAUGCUGACUGUGCACCAGAGUCUCAUAUUGAAGCACCUGAGUCGAGCGGAACAUCAUCAAUUGGUGGCUUGGCUCUAGCUUUAGAGAAGCUUGAGAAUCUCCGCGUUGACUCGCCGACGGCAGAUGAAGUAGUUUCGGAGGAUCCAUCAGAGCUGUCAUCUGGAAUGAUUGUCUGCGAUUUGACGAAUGAGUUUCGAAGGCAAAAGGCACGUUUUUAUCAUCUAAAUGGAGCACAUUCCACAGAGAACUUGUCCAGUUUACCCCCAGAUAUGAAACAACCGUCUUCGAGUACGGAAUUAUCCUUAUACGUGCAAAAUUCUGAAAAUUUCGAAAUAGCCAUGGUGCGUCGUCAUAGGCAUCCCCCAGCACCCUCCACUUGUCGCCAGCGGGCGCGAAGCAAGCCUCGAGUUGCUCAUCGUGAAGGUUCAUCCUCAGACGAGACAGAAGCCAGCCAAACCCAUCACGUCGUUUUUGCAUUACCAGUUCGCCGAGGAGCUUCGACACGAACUGUACGAUCGGUGGCAAUAAGAGGUGGUGCGGCACGCUGCAAUGUAUGCGCGUUUAGAAUAAAUAGCGCUUUUAAUUGCAGAGUCAUAUGCUAUGACAAGUUUCUUUUGAGGUGUGGAAAAACGCUGUGUUCAAGACAUCGCGCUGCACAAUCGCAUACAUGCUCGAAAUUUCGAGCAAAACUGCAACAAGUGAGCGAUUAA